AUGCCUGCUCAGUAUGGAAUGAAUGAUAAUAUCAACAAUGGUUAUUCAAGACCCAAAUCUCCAAUAAUGCCUGAAAUAAUGUCAAUUAAAUCACAAAGAAAUUCAACGGAUCGUUCUAUAUUUAGAAUGAGGUCGAGAAAGGAUAAACAUUCAGGUGAUAAUGGUGAUUCUGAUGGUCAGGCACAUUCCUAUUCAGAUUCUAUAAAACAAUCCAAAUUCAAUUCAAAUGAGCCAGCUUUGUUAAGUCUCCCACUGGUCAAGAGUGAUUCAAUGCAACAAGACUCACACUCAAAUAUAUCACAAAACCACUCGAGAAAUAGUCUACACGAACCAAUUGCAGAAUCUUCACCAAAUAGCCGACAGAGAAGUUCAGAUAUUGAUACACCAACAGAUGUUGAAGCACAUAUGGCUGCUACUGAUUCAACUUUGAAAAAUAGACCAAGUAUUGUGAAUGCAGAAGCUAAUUCAAGUGGAUUAUUUUCAUCAUUAGUGUCAGCUGCUCAUAAUGCUGCUUCUCAUAUUGUUUCAUCAUCCCGUCAGCCUGAAGAAUUUAAAUCACAUCCUCCAGCUGAACAUUCAGAAGCUGAGGGAACUUCAUUCAUGCAACACUUGGAUUCUUUAUUAUUUUCACAACCGAAAAGAGCAUCAAGAGAAGCUUCAGCUGAAAGUCCUACAAAGUCUGGUGCUGAUGAAGAUGAUGAUCGUGCUUCCCAAAUUAGUAAACCACAAUCUUUAGCACAUGAUGUUGUCUUUCAACCAAUUAGAAAAAAUGCAUUGAGUACACUGGGUAAAGGUGAACUAACAUUAGAGGCAUUGGGGUUCACAGAUGCUUCAUUACAUUCUGAAAGAAAUUCAAUCAAUCGUGGUUCUAUGAAUCAAGUUCCUCAAAUAUCAAUUGAUGCUCCAGCAGAUUCCAAAUUGAAUCAAUCAAAUUCCAUCAAUAGAUCUAGACAACUGACUGAAAGUAACGGAGCAACUACAGUAACUAACGGGAAUGGUGCAGCAAUCACAAAAGUUGUUUCAGGGCCAAGUGCUUUCGCUUCAGAUUCAAUUCGAGGUUUAGGUGAUGAUAAUAACAACAAGGGAAGAUCAUCAUCUCCAGUUUCAACUUUUAGAAGAUCAUUAUCACCAGGAAACCUGGCCAAGAUGGCCAAAUCAACAAGUGCAGUCCCUACACAAGAUACAUUUACCAAUGGUUCAGCCAAGAAGCUAUCACAUCGUCGGAGUGUUAGUUCAGGAACUGAGAAUCAAAGUGGGAUCAAUCAAACUGCAAGUAUAGUUUCCGCUGAGACAAAUAACAGUACCACACCACCUUAUGUUCCACCAAUUUCGCCAGCUGAAUCAUUGGCUGAAUUGAAAGAUGUGAAUUAUGCAAGCAGUAAAAGAAAUGCAGAAUUCCACUCAAUGUUUAAGAAAAUACCUAAGAAUGAAAAAUUAUUGGAAGAUUAUAGUUGUGCCCUGCAAAAAGAUAUUUUGAUCCAAGGAAGAAUGUACAUUACAGAAAGACAUAUAUGUUUCAAUUCAAACAUUUUAGGGUGGGUUACAAGUAUUAUAAUACCAUUACAAGAAAUUGUGCAAUUGGAAAAGAAAUCAAUAGCUGGGUUAUUCCCCAAUAGUAUUGUUAUUCAAACAUUACAUCAAAAAUAUGUAUUUGCAUCAUUUUUAGCAAGAGACGUUACAUUUGAUUUGAUUACAAACAUUUGGAAUAAAUUAGUUCGUGGUCCUAAUGGGAAUAUUGAUAUGCAAGUUGAUCUAGAUGAUGAUUUUAGUGGAUCUGAUAUGGAGUCAGAUUUGGAUGAAAGUGAUGAUUAUGAUUCAAAUGAUGAAUUUGAUACAGAUUUUGAUGGUACUUCAAGUGAUGGUGAAGAUGAAGAUGUGUUGACAAAACAUUCACCUACAGAACCUGAGCAUAAAGAAGUUAGUGGUGAAACAAAGAUUAGACAAGGUAAUAUAGAAGCUCCAUUGACUAAAGUGUUCCAAACGUUAUUUGGUGAUGAUACUUCAAAUUAUAAAAAAAUUAUUGAAUCUCAAAAGAAUAGAGAUAUUUCCUCGAUUCCAAAAUUUCAGAAAAAUGGUGAUGAUGUGGCUAAAAGGGAAUAUACAUAUAUUAAACCAUUGAAUGGACCUGUUGGACCCAAGGAAACAUCAUGUCAAGUUGUGGAAACUUUAGAUUUUAAAAAUUUUGAUUCUUAUGUUUUAGUUACACAAAAUACUAAAACACCAGAUGUUCCAUCUGGUAAUUCAUUUUCAGUUCAAACUCAAAUAUAUCUUUCUUGGGGAGGUAACAAUUCCACAGAUGUAACAGUUUAUACAAGUAUUCAAUGGACUGGUAAAAGUUGGAUUAAAAGUGCAAUUGAAAAAGGUACAAUUGAUGGUCAAAAGGAAUCCAUUGGUAUAUUGAUUGAUGAAUUGCAAAAAAUGCUCUCCUCUAGUGAAGGUGAUGAUUUAUCAGAUUCAAGUGAUUCAAAUAAUGUUAGUUCCUUACCUACUGUUGGUCCUGCAACUCAUGAACCUACAGAUAAUGAAUAUAAGAAAACCAAUGGUGAAACACAAAUUGCAGAUGAAAUAUUACAUGCACCAUUAGGUACGAUUUAUUCUUUAUUAUUUGGUGAUGACUCAACAUAUUUCAAAUCAAUAUUGGAAACACAAAAAAAUUUUGAUCUAACUCCUAUACCAAAUUUUGAAAAAGAUGGAGAUUUGAAAAAAAGACAAUAUUCAUAUACAAAACCAUUAAAUGGUCCAAUUGGUCCUAAGCAAACAAGAUGUAAUAUUACUGAAACUAUUGAGCAUUUUGAUGUCAACAAAUAUAUUCUAGUUUCACAAGUUACAGCAUCCCCUGAUGUUCCAUCGGGCAAUGCAUUUACUGUUGUUACCAAUUUUUAUCUUUCAUGGGCUGCUAAUAAUUCUACAAGACUCCUUGUCAUUACAUCUAUUAAUUGGACAGGUAAGAGUUGGAUUAAAGGCCCUAUUGAAAAGGGUACAAUUGAAGGACAAAAUGAAUCUAUUGCGGUUUUAAUUCAUGAAAUUGAAACAAUUUUGAAUAAGGCAAGUUCUGGUAAAAAGGGUAAAAAGAAGACAAAAUCAAAAAGUAGAUCAAAUACAAUUAAAGAACCAAUCAAGAUACCUUCUCAAGAGAUGGAGGCUAAAAAUCCAUUAGGGAUGAUUGGUAAUUUACAAAUCCCUUACGCAUUUGGUGGAUUAAUUAUUGUUUCAAUAUUGUUAUGGUUUAUUGUUAGAUUUUUCAUGGUUUCUAAUAAUUCAUCAUCAUAUACAUCAAUUGAUCAUGUUCAAAAAGUUAUUAUUGAAGGACGUGAAUAUAUGAUCAUACCAUCAGUGGAGCAAUCUUUUAAAGAUGAUUUAUUAAAAGAACAAUCUGAAUAUGAGAUUUGGAAAUGGAUUAAUGAACGAACAAAAUCUGAUAAAAUUGAUGGAGGUGAGAAAAAUCAUGAAAAUCAAGAUUUGAAUGAGAUGGUGAGAUUGGCUGAACAGCAUUUACAAGUUUUGAAAAGCCAAAUUGCACAUGAUGAAGAGGAAUCAUCGUCAUCGUCAUCAUCAUCAUCAUUAACAACUUGA